CACUUUAUAAAAGAAUCUAUUGUCUGAAACUUUCCAAAAGCAGAAGGUGAUGGCGAAAAAUCACGGCGUUGAAUCUAGCGGCGAAGGCCGAGGAAAGAUCGGUUCGGAUUCGUCUCCGUUCGAUUCCUUCCCGGAGGAUUGCAUCUCCAAGAUAGUCUCAUUCACAAGUCCACGCGAGGCCUGCGUAGCAGCUGCGGUAUCGAAAGCCUUUGAAUCUGCGGCCAACUCAGAUGUGGUGUGGGAGAAGUUUCUUCCGCCGGAGUAUGAAUCUCUAGUUCCUCGAUCACGGGAUUUGUCGUCCAAGAAAGAGGUGUACUUCGCGUUAUGCGACGAGCCUGUUCUCAUCGACGAUGGUACAAAGAGCUUUUGGUUAGAGAAAGCAAGUGGGAAGAGGUGUAUCAUGUUAUCUGCGAUGAACAUCUCAAUCAUAUGGGGAGACACUCCACAGUAUUGGGAAUGGAUUACAAUUCCUGAAGCUAGGUUUAAAAGAGUUGCAGAGCUUCUUAAUGUGUGUUGGUUUGAGAUUCGAGGCCGGGUGAAUACUCGCGUCCUAUCUCCAAGAACUCGUUACUCGGCUUACCUUGUGUUCAAGAAAGCGGAUCGCUGUUACGGCUUUGAUGAUGUGGCUAUAGAAGCUGGGGUUGGAGUGGUGGGUCAUGAAGCUUCUACAAGAACCAUAUGCUUUGAAAUGGAUGAUGAUGAUGAGGAGGGAGAGAUGGGAUGGAUCUACCCACAGGAGAGGGAAGAUGGUUGGAUGGAGGUAGAGCUUGGUGAAUUCUUCACUGGAGAUAUGAUGGAUGGUCAUGAGAUUGAGAUGAGUGCUUUGGAGACUAGGGAGCUAGGCUGGAAGCGCGGCUUGAUCAUUCAAGGAAUUGAAAUCCGUCCUGCAAAUAUCCAGUAAAGAAAAUAAUGCCCGGAGUAUUCAUCUAUAUUGGUAUUGGUUAUGCCAUUGAGUGAAGAGGUACAAUCCAAUUGAUAGAGGUAUCCUUGUUUAGUUGGUAUAUGUAAAACCGGUUUUAACCGGUUGUGCUUUGGUAUGCGUCUGUCUAAUAUAUCUAAUUUAAAAACGUUUUUGUAGUUAAUGAGUGUUUCUGUGGAUGGCGAAUUUGCAGUGUUUCUGAAUUUUGUCAUAGUACCAUAUGUUGUUUUUGGUCAAAUUAUUAUAUAGAUGAUGAGUAUUUCCUUAAA